AACAGCGCUCAGAACAAUAGUGAUUGAACACAACUGCUUCAAUUCUUUUGCGCUAGUUCAGUUGUGAUUUAUUGACAGUAUGUCUAAAUUAAAGUUGUUCGGUUGGCGGAUGUUCCCUCAGGCCGGGUACAAACUUGCUUUCAGAAAUUAAAGUGAACAGAUUUUCAAAAGAACGCACAGUGAAACGCUUGGAUUGCUGCUGUAAAUAGAGACGGCUGGAUACCCACCAUCAACUCUUAUAAUUAAUGCAGAAGGAUGGAGGUCCUGGGUUCAACUGUUCCAUACAGGGUCGUUUUCUGCACACAUCCUGCACUAGACUGGGUUUGGAGGAAUUUUUUGACCUUCCUGAAAACUGGGGAGAAUCAACAGUUAAAUCAGGUGCUCCAUGGACGGCUAAACAGCUCCGAGCCAAGAGUAAUGAAGACAUACACAAACUUUGGUAUGUUCUUCUAAAGGAAAAGAACAUGUUGCUUACUGUUGAACAAGAAGCAAAACGACAGAGUCUUUCCAUGUCCAGUCCAGAACGCAUGAAAAAGGUGGAUCGAUCUAUGCGGAGGCUUGACAUUGUUGUAAAGGAGAGAGAAGAUGCUCUGCGCUUACUACAGACAGGACAAGAAAAGGGUCGACCUGGAGAAUGGAGGAGAAAUGUUUUUGGGAAGACAUUCUGGUACCGUUUCAGAGAGCAUCCUGUCCCCUGGUUCAUGAACAAGAUCUACAAGAGGAAACGUUUCUACACGCCACCAUUUGUUGCCCCGUACACAAGACUCAGUCUUGAAAAGCACCUGCGGAGCAAGACGAGAAACGAAAAGCGAGAGAAACAAAACCAGAAGAAGCUGGCUGACGUUUUCGACAAAAAGACCGCACAAGCAUAAGCUGGCUGAUGUUCUACCGUACACCAGGGUUUCUUAACUUCAGGCCUGAAGGUCCACUGUCCUGCAGUCUCAGCCUUUACAUGCAUCAAUCUCACCCGAUUUAUUUCAUGGAGAGCUUGAGAAUUAACAGAUGAGCCAAAUCGGGUGUGUUGAGAGCAGGAACAGGGUGAAACUCUGCAUGGCAGUGGGCCUUCAAGACUGGAAUUGGAAACCCUGUUCUAUACUAAACCAUUUCUUCAAUAUAUAAAGAUCCAUUUUGUUUAGAUUGAAGUUGCUACUUCAAUGGAAAAUAUGGAUAUGGAUGGUGAAAUGUAUGUUUUUCAAACUGCUUUUGAAUGAAAGUAAAAUAAACCUGAACAAGACAUUU